UCAUGGGAAAGAAAGCUCCAGUAGGAGCAGAGUUGGAGCAAAGGAGAGCUUCAAUUGCCAUUUUUCUGGAAGGUGCUAUUUCUCUUGGGAGAGUUUUUUUUUUUUUAAUUACAAUAGAAAUACUGUGGCCUUGAGAAACAGUGAUACUCCUCUUAUAAAGUUAAUAAAGGCAAUCUGAUUUUUCCCUUGCCCAAAGGUAAGGGCAAGGGUAGAGACAACAGCACUUAUAGCAACUACCCUGAUAUAUUGAAAAGUUGGAAAUACCAUACUUUUAUAAAUCAGGGCUAGCAAAUUUAUUUUCUUACUACAGUCUUUGUCAGAUACAGAAUUUGCUAUCAUUCCAAAUGGUGUAUCUUUUGACAUUUAGAUUAAGGUUUCAACUGAUUUCAUAUUGAUAUGAUUUAAUUUAUUUGUAAGACCACCCAACUCCAGAUGACUCUGGGAGGCAAACAGAAAUGAAAAUGGGAAGAACAAAAGCUAAUCAACAAAAGAAAUAUUAAUACAUUUACAUUUUACAUUUACUAUCCUUUUUUUGUAUUGACAUAAAUACUAUUUUUGCCAAACCCCAGGCUUCAUAUAAUUGAAAUUCUUCAAGAAAAAUCAAAUUUUAUUGAGGAUGUAGACAAAAUGCAUGACAAAAAUUGUAGGCGGACUGUCUAUAUACACCUUACAUUACACCCAAGCAGCACACACCCACAGCCUUUAUAAGAAAUCUUGCCUGUCACAAUAAAGUAUAUCCACCAAUGAGAUUACAGCACACAAACCAACUAAAACUUAAUGCUGACUGGCUGUCAUAUCUGAUUACACAAUGUGUCCACCCAACAAUGAUUUCUACUUCAUUUUAUUACUGAAAUGUAAAUACUGUUUGUGAAAAGAGGUAUGGUAACACCCUAGCUCUUAUAUACAAAGUGAGAUAACAAUUGCUCAUUCUCCAAACAUUUAUAAAAGAAGAUGUGGAGAGAAAGACUGAAAUGUCUUCAAAUGAAAAUCAACACAGGUGAACAAACUGCUGUUUCAAAUUUGUAUGAACCUCUGAUGACAUCUAGAAAUGCUUCGGUGAGAGGCCCUGGGCUUCAGAGUGAUCUUAUUUUUGAGGAAAUUGGGCAUCGCAUCAAAGGUGUUGGGAGUCAACUUGUGAAAAAGGUGAAUGCUGUCUUUCAGUGGGACAUCAUGAAUGGAGGAAAGGUUGUGGCCCAGUGGACCCUGGAUUUGAAGUCUGGUUCCGGUCAGGUCUAUAAAGGAGCAUCUCACGAGCCUGCCAACACAGUUUUUAUUCUCUCUGAACAUGAUUUCAUGGAACUUGCUUUGGGCAAGAUAAAGCCCCAGAAGGCUUUUCUGAUUGGGAAAGUGAAAGUGAAGGGCAAUAUUCUACUCGGUCAGAAACUGGAGAUGAUUCUCAAAGAGUAUGCAAAGAUCUGAACUCCUUCCUUCCUGGCAAUUACAGUUCUCUUUUUCUCUUUAGUCAAGAUGUUGGUUAUAGAGGAGGACGAGAUUAAAAUGUGGAGUAUUUUAAUGGAAAACAUAACUGCUCAAGUUUACAUUUCUUUUAAAGUCAUUUGAAUGCUCUAGUGUAUCAGACUGAUAAAUAGUAUACUAAUUUUUUCUCUCCAAAUGCUAUUGUUUCAGAAGCAGGGAAGCUGCAGCUCAGAGUCAUGAAUAGUCAUGAUAUGCUGGAGAACAUCUCCAUCAUUUACUCUCUUUCUGUGCAUAUGUAUGUGUGUGUCUUUCAUACACAAGAGAGAAAGAGUGGGUACAGUUUCAUGCCUGUUGUAACAUACAGAAAAACUAUGAAGAAAUUAUAAUGAGGAAAUCCUCAAUGUGAAUUCUCUUCUUUGUAAUCUUAGUAUUAACAUUAGUGGGAAAUUAAGACAUUGUGAGUAUAUGAGAAACUGGCGUUACAAUUCUGGCCUUGUAAUGGAGAAAAGACUGUAGUCAAGCCAUUUUUGUUCACGUCAAAUGGGUAUAUAUGAAAUGAUAGUACACUACAAAAAGACAUCCCAGAUUUAUAAGCAUUUCGUGGAAUUUGGCUAUCGUUCGUUUAUAUAUCUAAAGAUGUCCUUGAAUACUAAUUCAAAACAAAUCCUGAGCAGAUCAGACAAAAUAGGCUUUUCAAUUUUUAGUAGCACCUAAUAUUUGUGCGUUAAGUUGAGCCUUGAAACAUCAACAGACUGACUGGUUAAUAUAUUAUUAUUUCACGGUUUUAUCUAUGUAUCAAUCAACUUAUCUUACGCUGGUAAAGCCUGUUAUUAAGGCUUAUUAAGAACACAGUAGCCUGCAAUUACUGCAGGUUCGAGCCCGGCCCAAGGUUGACUCAGCCUUCCAUCCUUUAUAAGGUAGGUAAAAUGAGGACCCAGAUUGUUGGGGGGGCAAUAAGUUGACUUUGUAAAAAUAUACAAAUAGAAUGAGACUAUUGCCUUAUACACUGUAAGCCGCCCUGAGUCUUCGGAGAAGGGCGGGGUAUAAAUGUAAACCAAAAAAAAAAAAAAAAUUAUUUAUAAUAUUUAUACGGCUGUCCAGUUCAAACCGCAUGACUGUGUGGUGUAAAAGAAAAAAAGCAUCUCACCCCACAGGGUUGUUGUGGGGAUAAUAGGAGGAAGGUAUUUUGGAUAUGUUCACCACCUUGUGAUUUAUUUGUAAACAUAAUAAAGGCGGGAUAAACAAAAACAAUACAAUGGAUUAAAACUCACUACAGCAGUAAAUUGAAACCUGACUAAAAUAUUGUUCUAUCUGCCCAGCGGGCCCAGCAGGUGAGUGGCCUAUCCCAGCGGCCUAUUCCAGUGGCCUGGCGGCUGGGCCAGCUGGGCGGCCUAGCUUGGAGAUCGCAGGUGGGCCCGAUGGACGUCUUGCUGGUGUCAUCUUGAGGCUGUCCUCAGGCCUAGUGGACGCUCCCUCUUUAUCAUCUUUACCACCUAGAGGACGUCUAUGGACCGCCUGUGGGGGGGGGACCUUUUUAAGACCUUUAAGAUCCUGCUCCCCCCCCCCCCGGACUUUGGGAGAGAGAUGGCUUAGCGGCUGAGCGGCCUGGCCUAGUGGAUGCCCCUGGCCUAGCAGUGUAACAGCUUCCCCCUUCCUCCUGUAACCACCCCUCGGGACGGUAUAAUGAGGGGUUGGUGAAACGGACUGAAUCAUGGUGGUGUUAUCCAUCUAACGCCCAAGAACUAUUCCUCAACUGUGCUCACCCGGAAUUGCCGGAACUAUCAAUUAUCAUCUUGAUUGGUCCAGGAUGGGCUUGUUUGCCGGACUCUUAUUAUGCGGACAUUCACAGCGGCUGACCUUCUUGCCCUGCGAGAUUCCCCUCUCUCGCGGGUUUGGCCCCCUACACUAUCAAGGGCCCAUCUUGAGGACGGGUUUUGGAACCCUGAGAGGUGGCAUGCCAAAAAUAGGAGACUUAGGGGAUUUUUAAUUAACUGUUUUAACCGUUCUUUUAAGGGGAGUUUUA